UUUUCCCUGGCAAAGCUCAUGCUUGAAUCUGAUGAUGAUGAUUCCAAGAAUAACGGCAAAUAGCCGUCCGGCAUGAAGCGGAAGUCCCUAAGAUAUAAAAUGGAGGACUCUUCUACAACAGUAUCUUUUUUUUCUCAACCAACUUUUCGGUUUACCACACUCUUUUAUUUGCUUCUUCCGUGCGAUUUUUCGACGUUUUUCGACUAAUCGAUCACAUUCAUUUCAUUCAAUUCUUUUAAUUUAUCAAUUAUUUUAAGACCACAAGUCUAUUUUACACCUAUCUUUCAGUCGUUUCCUAAACCCCAGCGAUUUAACUCUCACAACUCCUUUCAAGUCAAUAACAUCAGCAAAAUGCUCUUCAACAACGUGGUGAUCAUUGCCCUGAUGGCUGUUUCUGCAGUAGGUUCCUCCAACAUCCCUUCUCUGCUUAUAGACACAAUAAUCUGACGCCACAAUAGAUUGCAACUCCCAUGCCGGACCCAAAGAGAGGCGGCAGAGGCAGCAAAGGCUUAGGGGAUGGUGGCUUCGGAGGAGACAGCGGCGAUAGUAGCAAACUAUUCAAACUCAAACUCGGUGGACCCAAGAAGAAGAAGAACAAGAAUGACGCAGGAUACCACUGCGUAAACUCUUCCGGAAGAUUCACUAUCAAGCAAGUCUGGGCACUGAAAGCGAUGGCCACCGGAGGAACAGAACCCGGAUUGAGCUCGUAAGUCAAAAGUCCUUCAACCAUCACAACCAAAAUAACCCUCGAACUUGGUUCUUCAGAUAUCCCCACCAGUUCUUUGGAAUGCAAGGAGAUGGAGGAAGCGCAGGGACACAACUUAAAUUCAUCGGCGCCGAUUCAAGAUGCAACCAGAAGAACCCGGAAUUAUUGGAGUUUCCAGUUGCCAAGAAUGGUAAAUUGAUAAACAAGAAUACCCCAGGGGGUGCAAAAACUCCUGUUAGAGUCGUAUACCUCAAGAGCGACCCAAAAGUUCUUUGUGGUGUGAUGACACAUAUCGUUGAGAACAAAUUGACCGGUCGUGGAGCGGGCGACUACAGAGUCUGUGAUAUUUCGGUUAAAUGAGUUGGCAAACGGGUUACGGCCAAGGUGGUUAAUUAGUAGCGAUAGACUCCCCGUUAUUCUGUUCCAUUUUGGAGUACUAGAAGUAGUAGCCU